AUGGACAAUAACAACUGGCGAGGCAGAGGACGUGGCCGUGGAGGCAAUCGUGGCGGUGGAGGCGGUGGUGGAAAUCGUAAUUACGAUAACGAUUACGAUAACGACUAUAGCAAUAAUAACAACAAUCGCAACGCGUAUAACGAUGGUGGCAGCAUUUCAAUCACUUCUCGCUUAGGUCCAACCAAUAGCCCAAUCAAUGAACGCAUUGUACAUAAACAACCACCACAGCAUAACGAUUAUAACAACAGAAGCGACCGCACUGAUCGUAGUAGUUAUGAUGACCAACAACAACGGGGUGGAAGAGCCUUUUCAUCUAAUAACUACCGUGGUAGGGGAGGAAGAGGACGAGGUGGUGCUAACAAUGCCCCUCCUCGCUUUACCCGUGAAUUUGUUGACGAAGACAUUGACAUGAAGCCGUCUUGCUAUCCUGCAGGAUCUGAAGAAAAGGUGCUUGGCUUCCUUACCAGAAAGUCUAAAGCUGCUUGGGAACCACUAAACAUUCAAUAUGAACAAAAGUCGAUGCAAAUCACAGUAAUCGAUGAACAGGUUGCAGAUAGUUUAUGUCGAAUGAACAAUUUUAAUUUCGGCAAUGCAGUGCUUACUAUUACAAAAGGUGGAGAUGGUAUGAGCAGAGACAAUGGACAAACAGGUGGUAGAGGCGGCAGAGGAGGAAGCAACAAUUAUAAUAACAACCCUAGAGGAAGUACUGGCGGAAGCGGCAGCGGUGGAGGAGGAAGGUCGGCUGUGCUGGCCGAGUUCUUACAAGAACGUUGGAACGCUGAAGCUGGAUUUUUAGACAUGGAUGGAUUACCGCCUACUUCACAUAAUAUUGGCGUUGUCAUUUCCCGUCUUUUAAAUGAGGCACAACAUCUGUUUGGCGAUUCAGUCAAAACCAUUUCAUUCGCAAGAAAUAAAUUAUGGUCUGUUGGUCCGUUAAACAAAGUCGCUGAAUUGUUUCCCAACCUUCAAAACCUUUCUAUUGCGGAUAACGAUAUUGCCGAGUUCCGUAGCCUAGAUAAGCUCAAUAAUAAGUUUAAUGCGUUGCAAGAGCUCAUGUUAUCAGGAAACCCAAUCCAAGUUAACAACGAUAUUCAAACAUACCAGAGAGAAGUUUUAAAACGAUUUCCCACUAUUCGAUUUUUGGAUGUUCAACCCGUGAGUGGUACAGGCGGUUCUAUACCUCAAACGUCAGUAGAGUUUCCUGUGCCUGUUAGGCCCAACUUUUUCGAUCAGGAUAGUUCAAGUCUAGCCGCUCAAGACCUUUUAUCAAAAUAUUUCCCACUGUUUGACACGAACCGUACAGGAUUGUUGGAUUUAUAUGAUACGCAAGCCAUAUUCUCGGUUGUAUUCAGUAAUGGAACAUACCAGCAACAAAAUGUUUGGGGCAGCAGUCAAUUAAACCCUGCUCAAAGAAUGGCGUUUGGUAAUGAAAAUAUCGUAAAGCGCCUCUUAUCGUUACCUACAACCGUUCAUGAUUUAUCAAGAGCUGAUAACUUUGUUUUGGAUGCAUGGCAAACAGCUGGAUCUCAGGCACAUCCUGUUGUAUUAUUCCUAAGUGUACACGGUGAAUUUGUCGAAUCACCUGUUGGCACACCUUUAUCAUUUGACCGUACUUUUUUAGUGGCUCCUUCAACUCCAGGUUCAAGAGCGCACUCAUCAGGUUGGGGAUAUGUCAUAUUGUCCGAUUCAUUCAUUGUGCGCAAUUAUUCGUGUAAAGCAGGCUCCUUGAUCACUGCAUCUUAA